AUGUAUUUUGUCGAAGGGGUCGUAUCGGAGCAAAGGAACAAAAUCGAAACGUGUUUGCCCUGGGUUUUCAAUGGAUGGAGCCUGCCUCGAUCCAUUGAACUCGACAAGGGACUGGACGAUACUUGGUCGGUAUACGGAAUCGAAGUCACCUGGAAGACAACAGAAAGUAAGGCAAAGAAAGGUCACAAACUAAAAGUUGGGCGCCUUUCAAAUGCCACACCAAGUGCGCAUGGAAAUAAUGAGUUUGACCUGCACGUUGGCCUUUGGGUCAACCGCGAAGUGCUUGAGACGUUCGCUCCCUCCUUACUUGACAAGAGCAAGAGAGAGGCGGGCAUGAAACCUUUUAUUCCGCUACGCCGUUCCGUCAGAGUUCAGGAACGGAUGAAAAUGCUAGAUCCGUUAUAUGGUGGGAUUCAAGCCCAAACAUAG